GACACAGCAGGCCUCGACAUAAUAUAGAGGCACAGCAGAGCAGCAGAUAAAGCCAGAAAACGGGGUGGACAAUCAUAGCUAGCUAACUCACCAUAGAGAUCUUAUAGGCUGCAGGAGAUCGCUCGCAGAGACUUACACUGUACAGAAUGAGGGUUUUGCUCGCUGUCGCUGCUCUUGUGGUUGUGGCCGGUGCUGCCAGCGUCUCUCUGGAGGAUCUGGAGGAGGAGUUCAACACCUGGAAACUGAACUUUGGUAAGAGUUAUGGUUCAGUGGAAGAAGAGUCUCAGCGUAAGAUGAUCUGGCUGAACAAUCUUAAGCUGGUCCUGGAGCACAACAUGUUGGCUGACCAGGGCCUCAAAAGCUACAGACUCGGCAUGAACCACUUUGCAGACAUGGACAACCAGGAGUACCAGCAGAUGUUCAGGGGCUGCCUGGGACCCUUCAACAGGACCAAGACCCGCAGUCCAACUACAAUCCUCCGACAGGCAGGGAGUGCUUUUCUGCCCAGCACUGUGGAUUGGAAGGCCGCAGGCUACGUGACUGAGGUUGACCAUCAAAUGUGUUGUGGAUCCUGCUGGGCCUUCAGUGCGGUGGGGGCGCUAGAGGGUCAGAUGUUCCGGAAAACGAGGAAGCUGGUGCGCCUGAGCAAGCAACAACUGGUGGACUGCUCCUGGCUUUUCGGAAACCGUGGCUGUGCAGGUGGUUGGAUGGACCAGGCCUUCGAGUACGUCAUGCACAGCGGAGGCCUGCAGUCCGAAAGCUCCUAUCCUUAUGAGGCCAAGGAUGGAAUGUGCAGAUUUAACCCACUGAAUGCUAGCGCUACCUGCAGUGACUACUAUGAGCUGCCCAGUGGAGAUGAGAAGAGUCUGCAGGAAGCCGUGGCUGUAAUCGGCCCAAUUUCUGCAGCUAUAGACAUCAGCCGUCACACCUUCCAGCUCUACAAGUCAGGUGUUUAUGAUGAUCCAUACUGCAGCAGCACUAAACUGACUCAUGCUAUCCUGGUUGUUGGUUAUGGCACUGACAGCCGUGGGGAGGACUACUGGGUGGUCAAGAACAGCUGGGGUGUCCAGUGGGGAGAAAAGGGCUAUGUGAGAAUGUCCAGGAACAAGAGGAACCAGUGUGGUAUUGCCACAAAAGCCAGCUUUCCACAUGUGUAAAGAUGGAACAGAGCCAAAACUUCAAGGAGGAAUAUAAUCUAUGCAGCAAGCAUGUGAUCAUCAACAAGCAGCAGCUUCACCUUCAGAAAAGCAGACUUUUAAUUAUUUGCUAAUAUGGUGAUAAUGUCUUUUUCAAUAUUUAUGCUUUGCAUUGGAGAAAUGUAAUGAGAACUAUGUGCAUGAAUCUGUUUAUGGCUAAUAAAUCAGUUUGAAGUCAGAAAACUUCAAUUUUACAUUUUUUAGACAUACAAAUGUCUUAAGCAUGUAUCUAGGCAUUUAUCUCAGCAGAGAGUGUGUUUCUGCUUGUAAUAUAAUAUUGGAAUAAAGUAAAUAAACAUAAAAACAAUAUAUCAUAACAAGACUUUCUUGGUUUCAAAAAAGUAGUUGAGCUGGAUAGAAUUAUAGUUUUAGUUCCACAUUUUCCCUUGACGCUCCCAGCCAUCACAUGGAAUUUAUUAUCCAUUCACUGUGAUCUGAUUGAUUAUCUGAUCAAGGCACGGCAUGUUUAAACUUGCCCAUUUCAAAUGUAGUUUCUGUAUCCAGAUGUUUAAUUUUGUAAAAUGGCGGCUGUGACUUGGUAAGGUGUGGGAGUGAUUCAUGGCAAGGCCACACCUUGUUUUGAUUAAUAGAAGAUGUCAUCAGCUGGGCAUCAGCUAGAUUCCAGAUCCAAUCCUGCACAUUUUUAUCUUAACACACAAUUUGGCCACAUCUUGAAUCUCGUCAUUUAACAAGUCAAUCAAUCAGUGAAGUUGUUUUAAACAGUAAUCUGGAUGUAGGUCCCCAUGCUGUGAUGAUAUGUAAUAAAAUGCAAGA